UUAUGAAAUUGUGGGUAGGUUCAUUUAAGUAAAAUUGUUUUGGUUAUCUGACAAAUUUUCAUUUCUGAGAAAUUUUCCCCAGAAACAUACAGAAAUGCCUGUUUAUACUAAUUUUGGUAUUAAGUUAGCUGAUAAUCACCUUAUAGGGACAGGUGGAACAGCACUAAGAUUUGGGUAACACAGUUAAAGAUAUUGUGGCCUGACUUUCCUCUUUUUCCUUUUUUGUUCUUUAAUUUCCAUUUAUUGGGGAAUAGUCUCUUUUAAGUGUCCCAUCUUUCUUGGGAAAUGAAUUCACAUCUUCAUGGCUUUUCUAUCACUCAAGUUUUGAGUCAUGACUUGAGGGUUAUGUUCUAUCAUAAAAAACAGGUUGCUUCAAUUUUCCUUUUUUCUUCAAUAAACAAAUCUUAUUAGGUAUGAUUUGUUGAAGAAAACACAUGGUGGGUCAUAUGGACAUAAAAAGAGGACAAACUAAAACAAGACAAAUUAGUUAUACAAAAUGCAGAGAAGACCCCUCUUUCUCUCAGCACAGACCCACCUGUUUCUGUCACACCUACAUCAUACUCUUUCUAACACAUCCAUAAUUGAAAAUUAUAUUGGAUAUUUAUAGUAGAUUAAAGUCCACAAAUAGAUUUAUUUGUACUUAUAUAUGUGUUUGGAUACUAGAAAGCCUUGUCCUUUACAUGCAAACCUUCUCUGUGUGCAAUUAUGUUUUUCUAAUCUUACGUUCCAGGGCACAGAACAAAUAUGCCGCCCCAAAAGAAAAGAAAAGGAUUGUUAUUUGGAUCAUUGGAUUUCAAAUGAAGAAAAUUUGUAUGCUAUGAAGUUUCUACUUAUUUCCUAGGUUGAUGCUGUAAAUUUGGUGUCUGUUAUAGGCAAGCUCUCAUAGUUCAGUCAUCAUGGCAAGGAUGACACCACCAAAGAGCCCUAUGGUAUGUGAGAAGUACCAGACAGGCUGUAUGUGGCGUUUAUAUGGCCUCUUCGACUUUCGCCAAAGUCAUUCUGAUAAGAAGCUGCUUUCAGAUAAUAAGAGGCAUUCAAACAGAUUUGAUAAUAGAAUUUCUAAGAACAAGUUGGAUUUGCUUAACAAUUUGGAUGAGAAGAGCCAAAGCAUGGAUGACAAAAUGACGGACAGAACUCAAACAGUUGAUUCUGGUAUGGCAAGUAAAAGAAAGCAUAAGGGGGAAAAGUUAUCCACUGAGCUGCAGAUGAAUAAGAAAAUUGAUUCUGAUGAAUUGAAACAUAUGCAAUCCAAUUCAAAACUUGCUUGUCAGUUACCUAAGAAGAAAGGAAAGGCUAGCAAAACUAGUCAGAUAUCUCAUCCUCUUUCACCUCAGGGUCUGAAAUGUGAAGCUAAGAAUGGGAAACCUUCUUAUUCAGUUUCAGUAGAAACAUCUUCAAACAAGCUCAACUCGGCAGCAUUGGCAAAAGAGGUGCGUGGAAAAAAGAGAAGAGGAUUUGGUUGUAAAAGUAUUAAUUAUGAGAUUACUCUUCCACAAGUACAGAAGAAUGCAGCUGAGGCCAUCAUAAAUCAGAAAUUCAUUGAUGAAAAGUACAUCAGGACAGAUGGGGUGAACCACCAGUCUAGACAAUUAUCAGAUGCAUUAGAGAUUUUGAAUUCUAAUCAAGAAUUAUUCAUAAAGCUCCUACAAGACCCAAAUUCUCUUCUAGCAAAACAUAUUGAAGACCUCAGAGAAUCUCAGGCAGUAAAACAUCAGAUUAAAUCUCCCUCUGACAUCAAUGUUUCAGAACCAAGGCGAUGUGGUGGUCCUGCUGGUAAUCAGAAGUCGAAAUCCUGUGAUACCUACUCUUCUGAGGAAAGUGAUGAUUCCCAUUUUUCAGACAGAAUAGUAGUUUUGAAACCCGGCCCAAGUAGCAUGCAAAGUGCUGAAGACAAUAUUAAGUGUUCCUCUCUGCAAUCUUAUUACAGCUUGAGAAAUAACGGGCAGAGUGAAAUGCCUGCGAAUAUUUCUUUUAGUCAGAUAAAGAAGAAGUUGAGACAUGCUAUAGGGGUAAGCAGAAAAGAGCAACACUCUAAGUCAAUGGAUGGUACAUUACAUGGAUCUCCCUAUGAAGGCUCGAAAGAGGAUUGUAAAGGAAAAGGUGUGGAGAUCAUUAGAAGAAAUUCACCUGGUGGAGGAAUGAUAAUGUCUUCUCUUGAUGUAAAGAAAAGAGACAACAUGAGCGAGGGGAGAGAAUGUGAAUCACAAAUUCAGUGUGAAACUGCAUCAACCAGUGGAAGUGGUCUUGGGAACUUAAACAUUUCAGUUGUUUGCCAUCCUAGGCUAAAGGAGUCUGAAAGUUCUUUGGAGGCUAGAUUGUUGGAAUUGUUAAACAGUGGAAACAAGGACAAAAACCACAAAAAGCAGGAACUGAAAACCCUGGAAAGGGUGAUAUCAUUUCCUGAGCACGACUUCUUGCCUACACGCAGUCCUGUAGGACUUUCACCCAACAGCAACUGCCAACUGUUAUAUGAGAACAAAUGGAGGCUUCAGAAAGAAAAAACCAGCUGCUCAAGUCCUACAGAGAAUAAUCGCACCAUGCACCAAGGAGAAAUCAAUUCUUUAAAACAGCCCUCUGAAUCAGAAAGUGCUUGCAGAAAUGGUACUGUGGAAACUAAAGAUACUGUCCACCCAGGAGAAAAUAGUUCUUUGGGAGCUCUAAGAAGAUCCAAUUGCAUGGAGAAGACCAGUACCACAGAAACUAGUGAUACUGUAUACCAAGGAGAAACUGAUCCUGCAGAGACACAGUCUGAACUAAAUUGCAAAGACAAGGCUCUUGAUUGGAGUACAGAUAAAGCUGACUUGUACGAGGAAGAUGAAUAUAUUAGGACCUCCAGACAGGAGCAGCCAUCAACAUCUUCACCUGAUGUUUUCCAGUCACCUCCAAGAAUUCAGAGAGGGGAAGAUUCUGCUAGCAUCGAAGAUAAAGGAGAGCACCCAAGUCCGGUAUCUGUACUUGAGCAGUUUUUUGUAGAUACCAUAUCUGAACCUGCUGAAGAGCACCAUUCUGCUCGUCAUGUGAGGUCCCCUAUCCGCACUGACAGUAGCAGUACCUCUUCUUUGAAUGAACAUGAAUUGAUCUCCGAGUAUAUUCAGGCAGUGCUGCGAGCUGCAAGCUUAGAUUGGGAUGAAAUCUCAAUGAUGUGCGACUCAACAGACCAACUGCUUGACCCGUUCUUGUUUGACACAGUAAAGCUGCAGGCAAACCAACUCCAAGGUGAUUGCAUGCUCUUCUUUGACUGUAUAGAUGAAGUCCUUGUCGAAGUAUACCACAGUGACCUUCGAUAUUCCCCUUGGCUGUCAUUUAUCAAGCCAAAUGUUCGACAACUUCCGAUUGAGAAAACUGUGAUUCAUAAGGUGAUGAAGUAUGUUGACUGGUACCUCUCACUUCAUCCGUCACCCCGGACAUUGCAGCAGGUUGUUCAGAUGGAUAUAGCACGAUCUGGAACAUGGAUAGAUAUCCGGAAGGAUGCUGAGGAUGUCAUUUUUCAGAUGGUAGAAGAUGUUUUAGAAGAAUUGAUAAUAGAAACCAUAAUUUAGCAGCUGCCCUUCAGACGAAUAGUAUAUUGCUAUAUAGACGCACAUUUGUCUGCGCUGGACUAAGGAAAUUAGUUAAGCAUCAGUAGGUUAGAAAAACUGGGUGUUGAAGUUAUACUUGAAAUGCCUUCUGAUUCCUCGAACACAUCAUGCAAACACAGUUUUACAAGUUGACCACAACAUGGGGAGAUGACACGAUAUGGGAGGAUUUCUGAGGUUUCUUGUUGCAGUACACCAUUGAACACAUCUUUAUGGCCAGAUGUACAUAUGAUCGGUCUGCUCCUCUGCGGUAUACCCUUGAAUCCAAUAGAAGGCUCAAGUUUCCUGUAUAUUGUGUAUAGUUUAUAACUUUGUAUACAGGUAGUUAGGUACUAAUUUUUGCUUUAAAGAAAGAUCUUGCUGGGGUGCCUAGGCUCUUCUAUGUGUUAGGAUAGUUUGCACUUUGCAGUCCUCUACUGUACACUUGUUUCUUGUUUUGCCUCAUCCCCCCAAAUCCAAUUUACAGUUAAAGAAAAGGAAUAAUAUGACCGGAUGAGCAGUCCAUGCGUUGAUAGUUGGUCAAUAUGAGGCUUUUAUUUUUGAAAUGACGCUUCAUAUUGGUUGAUAAA